CCCGUCCGCCCCCCCUCCCCCGCUCCCCUCAGCCCAUCCCGGCCCGGUCCCUGGGAGGAUGAAGUUCGUUUACAAGGAGGAGCACCCGUUCGAGAAGCGCCGCUCUGAAGGCGAGAAGAUCCGCAAGAAGUAUCCCGACCGGGUCCCGGUGAUUGUGGAGAAGGCUCCUAAGGCCCGGAUAGGUGACCUGGACAAGAAGAAAUACCUGGUGCCUUCUGAUCUCACAGUCGGUCAGUUCUACUUCUUGAUCCGGAAGCGGAUUCACCUCCGAGCUGAGGACGCCCUGUUUUUCUUUGUCAACAAUGUCAUUCCACCCACCAGCGCCACCAUGGGUCAGCUUUACCAGGAACAUCACGAAGAAGACUUCUUUCUAUACAUUGCCUACAGCGACGAAAGUGUCUAUGGUCUGUGAAGCUGCCUGCCACCCCUGGGUAGGGGGGGCCCUUCUCUAAGAAGAGUGAGGGUUCCCCUGUCUCUUCCUCUCCUUAUCCUCUAACUACCCCAUUCUCCUCAGUGUCCUCCCCCCGCUGGGAGACAAAUACCACCACCUCUUGUCAAGGCCUGCAGUUUUGCAAUGUUAAAGACUCUCUUUCCCUCAGCCCAUUCUGGCUGGGGUUGGGGAGGGCAAGGGUAGAGGAGAGCCUCCCCUCCCAAUGUCUCUAUUU